CCUUCGGUGUUUAAGCUGCGUUUCCCUGGUCCCGGUAUACCGCGUGCUUUCUUAUGCUAAUGCUGCUCUGACAUCAGCAGCGAGAUCAAAGUGAGGCCGGGGUACUUUAGAGUCGAGUCUGCCCCCACUCCGCUCACUCACUGCAGCCUCUCUGUCCCUCACACACUCAGAUACACUCCUACAACACCAGACACUGCGCCCUUACACACCAUGCGAUGCGUACCUGUGCGGACCUAUUCUACCUCCUCAUGCUGGAUUUUACCGACGCUUCUGGCUGAUACCGAAACAGACUGAACUCCUGGAGGAUAAUCCAACCUGCUGAGAUUACAUUUUGUACUUCUUUUUGCUACUCAUUGGACAGGCGAGGCUGAACGCUUCGGCAAAGGAUUUAGAGGAAGACGAGGCCGUGCCAUGAGAGUCCACUUUUAAGUGUGAGCCAAGAGGUCCAGCAGCUCUUUGUGUUUGUUGUCCUGUGUGAAGCGGAGUCUCUGUCCAACAUGAGGAGCAGCUCUCAUGUCCUGCCUCUGGGUGUGCUCACGGCUUUGCUGCUGUCUCAGGUCUGCUCCGGCAUCAAAUGGCUAGCGCUAUCACACACUCCUGCGUCUCUACACAUCAACCAGACCCAGCACUGUAAGCUGCUGCCCGGCCUGGUGUCCUCUCAGGCUCAGCUGUGCCGCAGCAACAUGGAACUCAUGCAGACCAUUGUCCAGGCCGCCCGCGAGGUCAAAAAGACGUGCCAGAAGACUUUCGCUGACAUGCGCUGGAACUGCUCCUCCAUCGACAUCCCAAUCGAUUCACAGAAGUAUCGACCCGACCUCGACCGAGGAACAAGAGAGGCUGCAUUCGUCUACGCCCUGUCAGCAGCGACCAUCAGCCACACCAUAGCAAGGGCCUGCACUUCUGGAGAUCUGCGGCUUUGUUCAUGUGGUCCCAUUCCUGCAGAGAUCCCAGAACCUGGAUACCGCUGGGGAGGCUGUGCUGAUAAUCUUCACUAUGGUUUGAUCAUGGGCUCCAAGUUCUCCGACGCUCCCAUGAAAAUGAAGCGAGCAGGCUCCCACGCCAACAAACUGAUGCACCUGCACAACAGUGAAGUUGGGAGACAAGUAUUGAGAGACGCGUUGGUGAUGAAGUGUAAAUGCCAUGGUGUUUCCGGCUCCUGCUCAAUAAGGACCUGCUGGAGGGGUCUGCAAGACCUGAGGGAGAUUGCUUUGGACCUAAAAACCAAGUAUCUGUCUGCAACCAAAGUGGUUCACCGCCCCAUGGGGACACGCAAACAGCUGGUACCUAAAGACAUCGACAUCAGGCCAGUGAGGGAGAACGAGCUGGUCUACUUGCAGAGCUCCUCGGAUUUCUGUACCAAGAAUGAAAAACAGGGCUCUAUCGGCACACAGGACAGGCAGUGCAACAAAACCUCCCUUGGCAGUGACAGCUGUGAUCUGAUGUGCUGCGGUCGUGGCUACAACCCGUACACAGAGAAGCUGGUGGAGCGCUGCCACUGCAAGUACCACUGGUGCUGCUAUGUCACCUGCAAGAAGUGUGAGCGGAUUGUGGAGAGAUACGUGUGUAAAUGAGUCCCUGUUGCAGUCCUCUGCUUGUACCCAGCCACCCGGGACUACAGAUUAACCAAAGCACUACAAUACCACAAAGGCUUACUUUUGUCUUAAGCUUUAGCAUGUGUAUCUCACGGGAAGCGGUCUGUUCUUGUGUCACUAUCAUUUUGUAUCAAAUCUCUAAGUUGGGCCUCUUCGCUUCACAAACCUGGACAUGGACCGCCGGUUUACGUGAAGACCACCGUCCUCCUGGGUAUUUCUUUUUUUUCAUUAAUGCGUAUCAAUCCCUCUGAAAGGGAUAUUGAAAGUCUAUUUUAUUAUAUCUCUAAUAAAAAGAAAUAGUAUUGGAUUUUAUGCUGGAAGAGGGGGCGUUUUUCCUCUCACUAAACUUGUGUUUGGCUUCAUUCCACGGAUAUCAAAGGGUUCUGACGAAUCCAUGUGGUACUUGUUUUGGUACUAUUCAAACUUUUUCUUCGUAGAGAUGGACAAUAAGAGGAAAAAGGAAACACAAAGGGAACUUCAAGUACUUUUCAAUCAUGGAUUUUUUUUGUGGUUGAUGUUUUGGACUCUCAUAUGUGUCCUAUGUGGAACUUGACACGCCUACAUCCCUGUGGAUUGAGAGAAGAAGAGCAUUAAGGACUUUAUGAAAUGGUGCAUCUCUUUUAUGUCCGCAGCUCAAAAAUAUAUUCUAUUUUUCAGAGCCUAUGAGCUGAACUCAUGGAAUUUGUAAACCACUCUUGUGUGGAUGUACAUAAUGUUAUUUUGUAUACUGAAAUAAAGACAGAAGUAUUUAUAAAAUAA